AUGGGUCAAAAUAAAUCUCGAUAUAGUGGUUUUAAAAAAAGACGUUUAUCUAGUAAAGCUAAAGUUGAUGAGAAACAAGUUAAAUUUAAUGGUUUCAUUGUUAACCCUGAUGAAUAUGUAUGGAAAAGUUGCACCUACACUGACGAACAAGUGGGAAGCUCUGACUUGAAUGAAGAAGCUCUUAAAAAAUAUUCGAUUAAGUUUAAUGCUGAUCCAAAGAAUAAAUUGGCAUUAAAUGCCAUUUGUAAUGAUGAUAUGAAUAAAGUUUUGUUGAAUCGAGAAGCCACUAUUAACGAUAUUCAUGUCUUUUCUGAGAAAAUUCAAUUGGAGGGUAAAGCUACUAAUCAAAAAUCUUCUGGACGUUGCUGGCUAUUUGCCGCUACCAAUGUAUUACGUUUAUCAAUUAUGAAAAAAUUCAAAUUGGAAGAUUUUGAAUUAUCUCAAUCUUAUUUGUUCUUUUAUGAUAAGCUUGAAAAGGCGAAUUAUUUCCUCGAGAAUAUGAUCGAGCUCGCAGACCAGGAUGUUGAAUCACGUCUAGUUCAAUAUUUGAUUAGUGCUCCGGUUAACGAUGGUGGUCAAUGGGACAUGGUAAUUAACUUGUUGGAAAAAUAUGGUGUGGUUCCAAAAAGUGUAUUCCCUGAAAGUUAUAAUUCAUCUAAUUCAGCAAAACUUAAUUGGAUUGUCACAACUAAACUUCGAGAAUUCGCUCAUCAAUUACGAGAAAUGUAUGCUUCUGGAAAAAGCAUUGAAAUGUUACGACAUAUCAAAGCUCAAAUGAUGGAAGAGAUUUAUCGUAUUAUUUCAAUUUCUCUUGGUGAACCUCCUAAAGUGUUUGAUUGGACUUUUAGAGAUAAAGAUGGAAAAUAUCGUGAAUUCCUUGAAUUGACUCCGAAAAGGUUUUACAAAGAAUUCAUCAAUUAUAAGGCAACUGAGACAAUUUCCCUCGUGAAUGACCCUCGUAAUCCUUACUUACGUCUUUAUACGAUAGAAUUCCUUGGUAACAUCCAAGGUGGCUUACCGAUUCGUUACGUAAACAUUCCGAUUGAAACAAUGAAAGAUUUAACUAUCAAAGCUUUACGAUCUGGAAAACCAGUUUGGUUUGGUUCCGAUGUUGGAAAGGCUAGUGAUUCUUCAUUAGGAAUUCUAGACAAUAAACUUAUUAAUUACGAAUUAGGUUUCAAUAUUAAAUUUGCCUUUACAAAAGCACAAAGAUUACAGUAUGCUCAAAGUUUAAUGACACAUGCUAUGGUUUUUACUGGUGUUCAUCUUGAAAAUGACAAGCCUAUUCGUUGGCGUGUUGAAAACAGUUGGGGAAAUGACCGAGGAGAGAAUGGAUAUUUCGUGAUGGCGGAUGGAUGGUUUGAUGAUUGGGUUUAUCAAGUUGUGUUAGAGCAAAAAGACGUGCCUAAUGAAUAUGUCGAAAUCUUGAAUCAAACACCAAAAGUUUUGCCUGCUUGGGAUCCAAUGGGUUCCCUAGCUACUGAACUUUAA